GGACCCCGCCCGGCACCGCGGGGGAAGCUCUGCGGGGAUCCGCGGAGCCCGGCAAGCAGCGCCGCGCCGAUCCGAUCCCCCCAGGCCGCGGCCUGCUUGGAGCCGGAGGGCGCCGGCCGGGUCCAGCUACGUUCCGGCGGGGGCACGCCUGUGGCGGGGGCUGCACCGGUGCCGGUGCGAAGGGCGCUGCCUGCGGGCAGCGCCACAGAUCCCGCACCCUUGUGGAUCAGAUGUCUUGAAGCAUUUCUGAGCUGAGCUGGUUUUUCAGGAGCCGUGGCGCACCAGGCGUCCAUCAUGACCGACUGGGUGCUGCUGGGGCUGAUCGCGGCGCUGGUCGUGCUGCUGCUGCUGACCGUCUUCGGAUUUGUCGUCUACUCGGGGCUCUUCACCGAGGUGGUUGUGAGUGCUGGCUCCCCCCCUGUCGGCAACAUGACACUGGCCUACAAGUUCAGGGUGGGCCCCUAUGGAGAGUCCGGGCAGCUCUUCACGGAUGGCUGCAGCAUCUCCUCGAAGCUCUGCUCCAUCGGCGUUUACUACGACAACCCUCACACGGUGUCUCCAGAGAAGUGCCGCUUUGCCAUAGGCCGCAUCCUGAGCGAGGGAGACGCGAAGCCGUCAGAGGAGCAGAUCAAACGGUUCCAGAAGUAUGGCUUUAAGAUCUUCAGCUUCCCUGCUCCCAGCCACGUGGUCAUGGCCACCUUCCCAUUCACUACACCAUUGUCCAUCCAUCUGGCAGUCAACCGUGUCCACCCAGCCCUUGACACUUACAUCAAGGAGAGGAAGCUGUGUGCCCACCCCCGGAUCGAGAUCUACAAGCAGGACCGCAUCUACUUCGUGUGUCCCCUUGCUCGCCAAGGGGAUUUCUACGUGCCUGAAAUGAAAGAGCUGGAGAGGAAGAGCAGGUCUGCUGCAGCUGUGGCCGAGGAUGCCCAGACAGACAUCACAGGGGUCGACACCAUGAGUGAGACGAGCUCCAUCAGCGUGGAGGCCACAACUGACAGCAGAGACACCUCGGUGGCCACCUCCAUCCUGCUGCCCUUCCCGGGCAGCCGUGGCCGGGAGGAGGCGGACACCCGCAGCGAGCACAGCUACAGCGAAUCGGGAGCCAGCGGCUCCUCCUUCGAGGAGCUGGACCUGGAGGCUGCCGGGGACGGGGAGGGAGCCCCGGGCCUGCUGCCUGAUGCGGGCUACACGGGCAGCCAGGAGGUCACAGACAAGUGGACCAAGGAGCCCAUCGCUGCUGAGAGAGGAGAGGAGUAAAGAGAGACCUGGCUGCCUCACCUCCCACUGGGUCUGAGUUACUGGGAACCAGUUGCCUUUCCCAUCUCCUUCCUCUCCAGCCAAGAGAUUUUGGUCGCUGAUUCCCCCCAGGACCUGCUCUCCCUCUUUGCAGAAAGGGUGUUUGACUGUUUUUGGGAGUGCUGGGAGGUGGGGGGAUUUCUGUGGUGCUUGGUGGCGCAGGGUUAGGUGCAGGCUGGGGGGACAGCGAAAUGCUUUUGCUUUUUGUGUGUCCAGGCACAUUACAGAUUCCUUGCAGGUGUCUGGGGGAUGGUGGUGGGUGUCAGAGAUGUUCCCCCUCGUCUCUGAUGGUGCCCCUCUCACCCACAGCUUCUCUCUGCCACACCACCAUGUUUUCUAGCACCAAAGAGCUGUGAGUUGGGUCAGUUUGGUUUGUUCCCCUCUUCUCUUCCUCUUGCUGAACAAUGGAAACAUCCUAUGUAAAUGUGGUCCUCUUGGCACGGGUGCUUUGGGGUCUGUAAUAAAGUGGAUGCUUUUCCUCA